GGUUGAGUGACUUGAUCCAGGGUCCUUGGUGGGAAUAGGAGUAGGGGGGUCGAAAGCUGGGGUUUGGAUGUCUGUCAGCACCACCCCACCCCCAGGUCUGGGAGGGGAAUGGCCUGGGCGGGGGAGGGAGAUGCCGGUGUCAGGUAACCGGCGGGUGAGUUGAGAGAAAGAGCAGACGCAAAGAGUUGAGGCUUCAGGGCCUUGAGUUCAGGGGUUAGAUCACCGAAUAUAUAUGGAAGACCACCAGACUGACUCCUCAAUCUCAUUCCUACCCCAUUUGGAGGCCAAGAUCCGCCAGACACACAACCUUGCCCGCCUCCUGACCAAAUAUGCAGAACAACUGCUAGAGGAAUAUGUGCAGCAACAGGGAGAGCCCUUUGGGCUGCCAGGCUUCUCACCACCGCGGCUGCCGCUGGCCGGCCUGAGUGGACCGGCUCCGAGCCACGCGGGGCUACCGGUGUCCGAGCGGCUGCGGCAGGAUGCAGCCGCCUUGAGUGUGCUGCCCGCUCUGUUGGAUGCCGUCCGCCGCCGCCAGGCGGAGCUGAACCCUCGCGCCUCGCGCCUGCUGCGGAGCCUGGAGGACGCAGCCCGCCAGGUUCGGGCCCUGGGCGUCGCCGUGGAGACUGUGCUGGCUGCUCUGGGCGCUGCAGCCCGCGGGCCCGGACCCGAGCCCGUCGCCGCCGCCACCCUCUUCACGACCAACAGCGCUGCAGCCAUCUUCCCAGCCAAGGUGCUGGGGCUCCACGUGUGCGGCCUCUAUGGCGAGUGGGUGAGCCGCACGGAGGGCGACCUGGGCCAGCUGGUGCCAGGGGACGUCGCCUGACAGUCAAUACUUGUUCUCACAAGCUCGCUCUGUCCCACCUCUUUGGCUUCUAAUUCUCUGGCUCUCCAUCUGUGUCAUCCAUGUGUGUUCUUGGACUGUCCCUAUCUUUCUGCAUUGAGUGAUCUCUUCUGCUCUCCUUUCCUCAGGGAGCUUCUUGUUGUUGUGUUUUGUUUUGUUUUUGUUUUUCGAGACAGGGUUUCUCUGUGUAGCCCUGGCUGUCCUGGAACUCACUCUGUAGACCAGGCUGGCCCCCAACUCAGAAAUCCGCCUGCCUCCACCUCCCAAGUGCUGGGAUUAAAAGCGUGCACCACCACUGCCCAGCCUCAGAGAGCUUCUUCUGCUUACCAGUUUCUCAUUUUGUCUUUUUCUCUCCCGUCUUGAACUCUUCUGUCUCUGAGAGGUUUCUGUUUGUUUCCUUGUCUCUUGGCUCUUUCUUUGUUUGCUUGCUUAUUUGGUUUUUGAGACAGAGUCUCACCAUAUAGCUCUGGGUGGCCUGGAACUUGCUAUGUAGGCCAACCUGGCCUCGAACUCAUAGAGAUCCACCUGCCUCUGACGCCCAGUUUUCCCAUCUGUCUUCCUGUGGUCCAUAUGGGUACAUGUAACUUUUAUUUCAUCUCAUAGAGGUGACACUUUUUCUCCCUUCAGUUUCUUUGUUCUUUACUGACCAGGAGAGUGCCUAGUUGUCCCUUGGUGGCAAGGCCACCCACCCUCAGGACCUUUGUAGGCAAAUCCCUCCCCCUUUGAUGGCCUUCCCUUUCUAACCUCUCUACUGUCUUCCCAAUGGCCCCCAGCCCUAGGCUGGUCAAUGGAGAGGGAAAGGCAGAAAAAUAUCUUAAAGAGUUUUAUUAGAGAAUAAAUUAAAUUUUUGUAAAUAAAAUGUUUAACAAUAAAA